UGGAAUAUCAUGGAAUUUUGAUGUUCCAGACAUGGAACCCUGAAUACUGUAUAUAAUGACCUUACACAUUGUGUUAGAGAGGAAAUACCAAAAGGCUAGGUAAAAAUAUGCCAUAAGACUUGGACUUAGAAAAUAUUCAUUUGAACUGUAUGAUGAAAGAAAGUUUAUUGUAAACUGUAAAUUACAUGAAAACUACACGGAAGUAUUCUGAAAAUGUUCUGUAUUUUGUGGAGAGAAUUGCCAAAUAUACUCUGUCUCUCUGAGAGGCUGUGUUUGUGGCGAUUCUGAAGUCUACAAUUCACAAACAUUCUACAGUUGUAUACAUAAGUAAGAGGAAGUAUGUGGUAAUUAAACACAAAGGCUUAAAUCAAGCAUAAAGAAAUAAAAGAGAAAACAAGUUGUUUUUCAUGAGUUUUGGAUUUCUAGCUCUUGGACCAGAUAAAUAUUGACACAAGGUGGACUGAAGGUCUUGAUCAUUUCUCUUCUACAGAAAGAUGGUAUCAUGGGCUGUUGUGCAAUGCUGUGUAACCACAGAUGUGUCACCGACGUGAAAUUAGACACUUCCAUUUCACGUUAUAGGCAGUUGUAAAGUUACAUGCCUUUUGGCAGCAACAUGAGGUUUGGACAAAGAAACUCUCCUUCUCUGUGAUAUUUACGUGAUGCUAAAAUUGUGGUGUGAAUACUUUUAUAUUGAGAAGUGUUUUUAUAUUUUUAUGGAAAUUCAACAAACUCCAAGUUUCAAGUUCAAUAACAGAUCAUUAGAUCACAGAAACUAUUAGGAAUGUGGUAGUGCAGUGUUUGCAGGACCAGAAUGGAUAUCUGCAGCCCAUUUGUGUUCCAGCUCAUGUCUGUGGUGUUCACAUGGUAUUGUGAAACAUCUUUUGCCAAAAGUUGCAGUGAACAAGAGUUGACAGUCACAGGCAACGACUUGAAAAAAUGUGAGCGUUCAAGAAAUUACUGUGUCACAGACAAGAGGGACUGCAUCUCAACUCACGCAAUGCACAGUGGAUUCAUUUCUGACACAGUUGAAAACUUUAGGUGUAUUUUUAUGGAAACCCCCGAGUCUCUUACCUGCAGAUGGACGACAGAGAGGAAUGAACAUCCUGGGAAAACAAAGAGCUCUCUAAUCUUCAGCAGCACAACUGGAUUUGUAUACUGUGAGCAUAUCUUAUUCAUUGGCGCAAAGCUCAACAUCACCCUGAAGAUGCAGAACACGGUGAACAGAGAGGAAAGGCUAUCUGGACCCUACUAUGCGUACUUAAAGACAUUAGUCAAACCACCUCGUCCAGUUGUCACAGAAAUUAAGACAUUACACAAGUCUCUCAACGUGACCUGGACAACGGAAGACGCCUCCAUAGGAACAUGCCAAAUCCGUUACAAACCGUACAACACUGACCUAUGGACUAAAAUAUCUGAAUUGGCACCGGUACACCAUGGGAACAAGAGGAUGUAUAUGAUUGACAUCCUUCAGCCGGGUACGCUUUAUACAGUCAGUGUGUCCUGUCUUAGCCAAUAUGGUGAGAUAUGGAGUGACUGGAGUAAGGAAUGUUCUGGAAUGACAUCAGAGUCUGCUCCAAGUUCUCCACCCCGAGUCUGCUAUCACACUGAGGAUCUCAGCUCUCAUGGAACCCACAGGAUCUUACUACUGGCAGCAGACACAGCUGUGCCUGCAGCUAGUGGCCAUGGUACUGUUCUUGGAUACAAUGUCUCCUACAUGCCCAGUUCCCAACCCCAUCUGAGGAGGACUGUAACCAGCAGCAGCCUCAAAGUCAGCCUGGUGGUAAUGAGAGGAGUGUACGACAUUGAUGUUACAGCAUUCAACAGCGCUGGAGAGUCCCCAGCACACCAUCUCAGGGUUACUACAGGGCCCCAUCACAAUGUGGCAGCGGUGCAGGGCUUGUGGGUACACUCCAAAGAUGGCAAACUGUGGGUGCAGUGGGAGACGGAGCCGGCCGUGUCUGAGUUUGCUGUGGAGAGGGUGGCUGAAGCCAACCCCAACGACACACACUGGACACUGAUACCAGGCUCUGGCCGUGUCCUCACUGCUCUGACAGGAGACAUCGCACCCAAGCAGACUUACAACAUCAGUGUCUACCCCAUCUCUGGAGAAGACUGUGGCCCACCCAGUUCACUGCAGGCGAACCUGGAGAGUGGCGGUGGGUUGAGUGAGCAAACACGUCUACUGGCCUCACGGAGACAGUGGCAGCAGAUCAGGGCUUUGGUGGAUGUGGUCGAUUUCAGAGUUGCCACGGUGACCAAACAGCAAGCUAUCAUCAAGUGGGCAUGGCAAAGGAAGCAGCACCAGACCAACAUUCUCCAGUACAAGCUCAUGCUCAGGAGUGAGAUAGGAACUCAGUUCAUUAUGGUCACUCCAGACAUGAGCCUGUACUCAUUCUCCUCACUGAAGGCCAACACUGAGUACUCAGUCCUUUUGUUUGUCCAGACCCAUGAGAGUAACACUUCCAAAUAUAAAGAAGACUUCACCACACCACGACUGGAUCAGCAGGAAGAGACAGCUGAGACUAUAACUGUAGUUGUUCCUCUACUCAUUCUCAUCAUUGCAGCUGGUGUUUUCUCGAUCACAUCUCAGAUUGUCUACAGAAAAUACAUCAUACUGCAGGUUGCAGACCCAGAGCAAAGUGGUGCUGCUCGCUGGCUCAUGAGCUCUCGAGUGACAGGUGAUGACCAGAAGGUGCUGCAGGUGGUGGACCUCUGUCCUAAUGAGACUAAUGAAAUACUGGUGGAAGAUGUGAACUCAAAGAAGGGUGAAAGUAUAGAUCAUGUUGGGAGUAAUGAUUGUUUGACCUUUAAAGAUAUUGCUGAAAGCCCUCCUACCCACAGCAAUGCUGAAUAUGUUCACAGUAUCCAUUUUCCUGAAAACCGUUAUCGUGAUGAAAACGUUUGUGCCAUGGCUAAAACUGAUGUCGAUAGAAUUUCAAGACCACUGAAUGCAAGUGAUAAAGAAAACAAUGCUUUUAAAGCCAGUAUAGAGUAUGUAGAAGAUAAACCUGUUUUGGCACAAGGCUGUUCUGUAGACAGUGCUCAUACCAUGAGUAACAUCUCCUCAGACAGCAUUCCUUUAAAAACUAGUAUUAUUAAUACAGAUAGCAUUCCUCAACAUUUUAAAGGUUAUGUCAGCAAUAUUCCAACAAACACCCUUUUCACAGGAAUCAUUUCCCUCCAACCUAACAAAGGCAGCUCUCUCAGUGAUCCACCUCAGGCUAGUGCACAUGAUGCAGAAGCUGCUCCAACCUGGAGCCUUCCACUCUCAGCAAUCAGUUAUGUGGGUAGCAGUCCUACUGGCUCGGCUUCAGACAACAUGGAAGCCAUUCAUCCCCACAUGGCAGACUGCAUGGAGAGCAAGUCUCCUGUGAUGAAAGAUGGUUAUGUUUGUAUAGCUCCUAUCUCUGCUGAUGGAGAUGAGAAUGGAAGUGUUCCCCUCCUGGGCGGAGCAGCCAGUGUUACUCCCUUCACUAACCCUGGCUUCCAUGCCCGAUCCUACACACAUUACUGAAAGUCUUCCUCUACCUGUCAACACGUGUUACGUUUAUCCUGCUGAUAUAGAUUACACUGAGGGGAUUCCUUGGCCUGAUAACUCAGAGCAUGUACAGACAGGCCCUUCUGAUCACAUAAAAUCUACAGCUUCCACGUUCCCUGGCUAUUUAGAUUAUGGAAUCAACUGUCCAGGGAAUCUCGGCUCAUGACAUCCUUUCCCUAUACAUUUCAAUAUGAUUGCUUUUGCAUGUUAUAAAUGGCAUGUGUCAUUUUAUCAAAUGAGAAAUUGUGUAUAAUACAUUAAAAUGCUUUACUAGUAAUGUUGAUGAUUAUGGUUGAUAUGAAUUAUGGACGGGCUACUGAAUUCAAGCGAUUGAUUGUUAUGAAGUCCAUAAAUUACAAAAAAUAACCACUGGAUUCAAUUACUGCAUCAGUCACCAGAAACUGAUGUAAACACCUUUAUUCUAUCAUUAACAUUCAAAUGCUGAUAAAUCACAAGGUAACGUUCACUUCAAUUCAACAGCAUUAAUAUUCAGUUGCAUAUGAACUGAAUGGCUGUCAUCACAACUUGCUGUAAAUCAUUUGGUGGUAUAAUCAUUCAGAUAAAUUCAUGACUAUGUAACAAGUACUUGGACAGAGUGGAGAAAAACAGGAUAGCAUAUUAGGGGUUCAAGAUUAAUUCUUCUAUUCAUUAAAAAUGAGUUCUGUGAGUUCAGGAGUAAUUGUUCUAUUCAUUAAAAGUGAGUUCUGUGACA